AGGUUUACGUAAGAAACGAUUUCAACAAGGUGUUUCGAAACAAUUAAGCCUACGCGAAUUUAGAUAAUCAAUUUGUGAAAAGUAAUCGAGCAAUUCGAGUAUUCUGUUUGCGUCUUUUGAAGUAGUCAUAAAUUAAAUGAUUUUCAUAAAUUUGUUUUUGUAAGAUUUUCUCUCUUAUACGUACAGAAAAAAAACAUUGCGCUAAAAGAAAUAAGUAAAUAAUAAACAUCAUCAUCUCAAUAAAAUGUUGCAAUGUCGCAACAAAACUUAUUACUGUACAAUAGAAAACAGAAUGAUCAUGUAAUGAAGAAUUUGAAUUAUACAUGGAUUUUCGUGAAUGACAGGUAUUACAUCUGUCGAGCGCCGAUAGUUGGCGUAAAAAAUUGUUUUGAUGCGGUUUCUAUUUGACGCCUUGGAUAUAUUUUGACCGCCAAAUUCGUACAAAAAAAAAACAACAUUUCACGCCUGACGCAUGCGCGGAACAUGUGCAACCGUGGCGCUGUUCGAACCAAGUGAAACAUUCGAAUUCAGUUGAAACGAUUCUCGAGCCGAACUUGCCACUUUGCCGUGUAAGUGGUUCUCAGCAAUUUUCAGUUCUCGUCGUCUAAUUCAGUCUGAUCAUGAAUGACGAUAGUGAUGAUGACUAUGAGACAAUUCGACAAAAAAAUAUAUCCGAGAGAAAUGCGCUUUUUACCGAGCUCUUUAAAGACAUAAAGAAGCAAACCAGCGAACUCACGCAAUUGCAAGAGAAACAAGUAAAAAACAAGGAUGAGGAAAGUUCGAGCGAUUGUGAGAAUCAACCACCAAAAGUCAAGAAAAAACAACGCAAACAAAGUUCACAGUUUCGUCGAACGUACAACACUAGAAGUAGAGCUCAAAAAGCGUCCAACGGCACUAUAUCGCACGACGAAACAGAUGAUGAAGAAGACAAUCGCAGGACUAAACGAUCCUCUAGGUUGAAGGUUUUAUUUCCAUGGGCGAAACCGGCUCAACGCUACAUCGAUAUGAUGAAAGUCGUAUGUGAUGUGGACGAAGAACAAGAAGAAGAAACAGAUAGUGAUAGCAGCUAUGAAGAUAACAAGUACCGGAAACGAAAAAAUUACAAAGUAAAAGCAACAUUCAAUUCUGCAAAUGCUCUAUCAGUAGACGAGAUUACGCAAGAGAUGUUGGAUAAUAUAGCUGACAAAUUUUCGAGUAAAAUAUAUUGUAAAGUCGGUGGUACAUCUUGUCACCAAUGCAGACAAAAAACUUUGGACACAAAGACGAUUUGCAGAUCAGGACAUUGCAUAGGCGUUAGAGGCCAAUUCUGUGGGCCAUGCUUAAGACUUAGAUACGGUGAAGAUGCAGUGGAUGCACUGAAAGAUCCAGAUUGGGCUUGUCCACCCUGCAGAGGCUUGUGUAACUGUAGCAUAUGUCGUACUAGAAACGGACGUGCACCCACAGGAAUGUUAGCUCCUCUUGUAGAGCAAGCUGGAUUUUCAUCAGUUUUGGCAUAUCUGCAAACAAAGGAAGAUGGAGAUGAAGAUACAGAAUAAUAUUGGUGAUCAAUGUUUUCGUUAAAUGUUUUUCAAAAAGUUAUCGAACAUGUUAAAAAAAUUUUAACGCGAGAAAAGUAUCUACUUUUCCAGACAAAUCAUGCAUUGAAUGCGGUUAUACUUUGAAAUCAUUGAGAAAAAUAUUUAUAAUCAUUAUUUAUUUAAUUUAUAUAUAUUAUGUAAUUUAUGUGAUUUGUCACAAAGCAAGUAAAUAGCAAUUUCUAAUUUUAGUUUAUAUUUUAGAAUAUUUUUUAGUCUAUUUAACAGUGCGUACAAAAGUUUGUUAGAAAAAUUGUCAAU